ACAAUGCGCCACAGCCCACAAUACGGAGCAACCUUUGAGGGGAACCGCACGUGCUCUGGGGUGGUUCUUAUAUUUAAAAAAAUACAAGCUAAAUUUUUAGAUCAAUUUUCUCGUUCAACAUGAGAAGUCUAUUGUAUUUCACUGUCGCUGUCUGCGGACUGGUUUCAGCCCAAGACUUUGACUGUCCAGAGAAGAGCGGUUUUUAUGCAGAUCCAUACCAAUGCGACCUCUAUUACAAAUGUUCUAAAGGCGAGGCCGAGUCACGCCUGUGUCCGGAUGGACUGGUGUUUAACGACGAAAACCCCAAGAAAGAGCUAUGUGACAUCCCUUCUAACGUGGACUGUGGAGACAGAAAGGAAUUACAAGAACCAAAACCAACCAAGGGCUGUCCAAGACAAAAUGGCUAUUUUAAACAUCCUGAUCCUCAGGCUUGCGACAAAUUUUACUACUGCUCAGAUGGAGUUCCCAAUGAGUUGCCCUGCCCUCCCGGCCUUUACUUCGAUGAAGAAUCCUCUAAUUGCGAUUGGAAGGAAUCCGUUCAACGCACAUGUGACAAAAUAACCAAGGACGUUCUCGACGAUGGCUUCACAUGUCCCGAUGGUGAAACAGUUGGCCCCAAUGGCCGAGCCCUGCCACACCCGACUUUCCCCCAUCCCGAGGACUGCCAGAAAUUCUACAUCUGCCGCAACGGUGUUCAACCACAAAAAGGCAGUUGUCCUUCAGGAAAAGUUUACAAUGAGGAUACCUUUAUGUGUGACAAACCAGAAAAUGUACCUGGAUGCGAAAACUACUAUGAGGGGCAAUCGACUGACAAAAACAAAAAUGUGAAGAAGGCGUAAGGUGUAGACUUAAGGAUUUUUAGUGAUUAAAAUAAAAUAGUGACAUAAUUAUUACAUA